AUGACGACUGACCCAUCUUCGGGCUCUUCUCGGCCUGGAUCCUCAUCCGUAUCAGCAUCAGCAUCAGCAUCAGUACCUGUCGUUGCCGGUGAAGCCCCUAUCGUCCCUUCUGUGGAGGCCCAGCACCUAGCCCGCUUCGAGUUCAGUGAUGCUGGUACAAAGGUUCUUAUGGUGGAGUGGUAUCCCGAUGCCGUUCGGGGCCCCGCUGCAUCUGCCGAUCCUCCUGCCGAUACCUCCGUUGAACAAUCCGCUUCGGCCGCCGAUCGCAUCUCCGCAACGGAGCCGACUCCGACUUCUGCUCCAGUGGACAGCAUCAACAGAACAUGUUGGCAAGUAUCGUGGCCGGGGAAGUCUACCAACCUCCCUGCUGCCGAUCCUGAGCCAGACUCAGAUGCAGGCACUGCUCCUGCGUCUUCGUCUCGUCAACAUCGUCGCCGUGUAUUCUUCCUGCUCCCCGCUGAUGCCACGGUCCCCUCGACGGUCACUAUCACGCCGCCUGGCUCACCCAGUCUGAUCCUCAAACCACUUCCGGCCAUCUUCCCACCAGGCCUUGCCGCUGAUCCAGGCAAUCGGGGUGUCCUGCACACACUAUGGGCCCGUCAACGUCUGGCAGCCAUAGAUCGGGAGGUGGCUGCCGAGCUUCGCAAUAAUGCUGAGGGUGUGGGUGUUGAGAUGGCCCUCGCCGAGAGGCAAUGGAUCCUUGACACCUUCAUCAACACGCCGCAACUUCCUAGUGAUUCGAUGCCUCGUCCUGUAGCCACCCGUUCACCUACGGGCCGCUUGGGGGAUAAGCUCAAAGGUCUCAAGCUGGCCACAUCACCUGCUGAUCUAACACCGAGCACGACAGCAAACACCUUCAUGAGCCCCAUUAGCCAAUCCCACCCGUUCCAACCCAGAGGGCGUGAUAUUGCUGUGUCAUCUCAUGAGGCCAUGUCUAGCAACGCGUCUACAGGUCCCAUCUCGCUUAAUGCAGCACUACAUGGCGACGUAACCACAGCUGCCUCGGCCCCUGUCAGACCUCUACGGCGAGAUGACGACGAUGAUCUGUUUGCUCUGCCCAUGAGUCCCCGCAGUCCGGACAUGAAGAAGAGUCCUUUCAGCGCUCUAUGA